AUGUCCCAUGGCGCGCUACUCACCAACGCGGAAAGGCAACGACGACAUCUAACACCCUCCAGCAGGUGCGCUCGCUUCAAGGAGGCGGACGAGACUCCGGAGCACACGUUCAGGACGUGCAAGUACGCCCAACAAGUUUGGAGGCAGACCGUCCCGGACGCAGCUUCACCGUCGGAUCGUAGAAGCCUCAAGGAUUGGUUCUUUUAUUUCCUCAAGCAUCCCGCGAAGCAGGUUCGUUUUGGCUUUACCUGCUGGUUCUUAUGGCGCUCGAGGAAUGACUAUGUCUUUUCAGACAUUGAGGAGCCCUCUAGUAAGUUAUCACAAAGGAUCCUAGCCUGGGAGAUCAUCGCGCAAAAAAGUAAGGCAGCGGAACAAGCCAUAUCACUGGGGAGGUCGGGGCUGAGUCGAGACGUUGCUGUUGGGUGGAGACCAGCCCCGACAGGGUGGAUCACGGUGAACUCGGAUGGUUCGCUUCUGCGAUUGUCCGAGUCUACCGCUGUAGGUGGUGCGCUUAGAGAUGGGCAGGGUCGCUUACUAGGGGCUUUCUCAAUGAAUCUGGGAAGAUGUACCAUUACUCGAGCGGAGAUCUGGGGUGCUCUUCGUGGACUGCAGAUGGCGUGGGACUCUGGUCGCAGAAGGGUCGAGCUACAGCUAGACUCUACCACGGCCAUCACUCUCCUAUCGCCAGGCUCGCCAACUAACCACUAG